UUCCCUUCAGAAAGACAAGAGAGUUAUCAAGACAGUGUAGAGCCCUAGACACAGAGAAGUACAGACUACAGGACUACUACAGACCAGUACAUUACUACUACAGACCAGUACCUUACUACUACAGACCAGUACAGGACUACUACAGACCAGCACAGGAGUACUACAGACUACUACAGACCAGCACAGGAGUACUACAGACUACUACAGACCAGCACAGGAGUACUACAAACCAGCACAGGAGAACUACAGACUACUACAGACCAGCACAGGAGUACUACAGACCAGUACAGGACUACUACAGAUCCAGCACAGGAGUACUACAGACUACUACAGACCAGCACAGGAGUACUACAGACGAGCACAGGACUACUACAGACCAGCACAGGAGUACUACAGACCAGCACAGGAGUACUACAGACCAGCACAGGAGUACUACAGACCAGCACAGGAGUACUACAUACCAGCACAGGAGUACUACAUACCAACACAGGACUACUACAGACAGGCACAGGAGUACUACAUGCCAACACAGGACUACUACAGACAGGCACAGGAGUACUACAUACCAACACAGGACUACUACAGACAGGCACAGGAGUACUACAUACCAGCACAGGAGUACUACACGCUACUACAGACCAGUACAGGACUACUACAGACCAGCACAGGAGUACUACAGACCAGCACAGGAGUACUACAUACGAGCACAGGAGUACUACAUACCAGCACAGGAGUACUACACGCUACUACAGACCAGUACAGGACUACUACAGACCAGCACAGGAGUACUACAUACGAGCACAGGAGUACUACAGACCAGCACAGGAGUACUACAGACCAGUGUGGUGACAGUGGAACCAGCAGGAUCAUUUUGAUGGGAAUCCCAGACCAGAGGGCUGUGACUGGACAGUGAGUGACCCCAUGCCUCUGAGUCCGGCUGCCAACGCUAAGCAUGACCCCCCUGAUCAUCCCCGGCAACCAGCCGCUACCAAUGGCAACCAGCCAGGUUCCGCCCUUGCCAGGGACGACGGGAGGACUUCCUCCCCAGAUCCUCCUGACGACGGCUCUGGAAACAGCAUCGUCAUCCGUAUUGGCAUCCCUGACCUGCAGCAGACGAAGUGUCUGCGGUUGGAUCCCGAGGCAGCAGUGUGGAGCAGUAAGCAGCGUGUGUUAGUGACUCUAACACAGAGUCUGACUGAUGUUCUUAACUACGGUCUGUUUCAACCGGCCUUCAACGGGCGAGCUGGGAAGUUCCUAGACGAGGAACGACUGCUGAAAGACUACCCUCUACCCCCCAUCACCCCUAUUCCCUAUCUAGAGUUUCGCUAUAAGAGGCGUGUUUACACUCAGAGCUAUGUGGACGACAAGCAGUUAGCAAAGCUCCAUACCAAGGCCAACCUUAAGAAGUUCAUGGAGUAUGUUUAUCAGCUCAACGUUGACAAAGUCUCCAGGUUCUUGGAGAAAGGCCUUGAUCCUAAUUUUCAUGAUGCAGACACAGGAGAAUGCCCCCUGACCCUGGCGGUUCAGCUAGAGGGCAGUUCAGAGCUGAUUAAAGUUCUGAGGAGUGGAGGAGCUCACCUGGACUUCAGGACUAGAGACGGAAUCACAGCGCUGCACAGAGCUGUUCUCUCUAGGAACCACACAGCACUCACAACUGUGUUGGACCUGGGUGCGUCUCCAGACUAUAGGGACAGUCGUGGGUUAACUCCGUUGUACCACUGUGCCAUGGUGGGGGGAGACCCGUACUGCUGCGAACUGCUGCUGCAUGAACACGCUGUCAUAGGCAGCACCGACGAGAAUGGCUGGCAGGAGAUCCACCAGGCAUGUCGUCAUGGGAACGUGCAGCACCUGGAACAUCUGCUGUUUUACGGAGCCGAUAUGAGCUCUCAGAAUGCCUCAGGGAACACUGCCCUGCACCUGUGUGGUCUAUACAACCAGGACGGCUGUGCCAGAGUUCUGCUGUUCAGAGGAACAAAUAAAGACAUUAAGAACUACAACAACCAAACAGCUUUUCAGGUGGCCAUCAUUGCUGGGAAUUUUGACCUGGCAGAGAUCAUUAAGAUCCAUAAGGCCUCAGACGUAGUGCCUUUCAGGGAGAGCCCUUCCUAUUCCUCAAAGCGCCGACGUCUGGGUGGGGCCAACAAUGUUGGUGUGUGUGGCUCAUCAUCUCCCCGUUAUCUGAUUCGCUCAGCCAGCGACAACGCUCUGGAAAGCCCCGCCUCUUCUUCCCCCGGCCCCUCCCUCCACAGCCUGGAGAACACAAACACUUCCAACCGGCAGGCAGACACACACAGCCUUCGCAGACAGACACGUCGCCUCAGCCCGAGUGGCAGGCUACAGAGGGACCCCAGCCCGCCCCCAUCUCCCCCCAGCCCAGUGCAGCAUGGGAAACGUAGGCUGUACAGCGCCGUGCCGGGGAGGACGUUCAUCGCUACCCGCUCUCACACACCGCAGGGCCCCGGAGAGAUCAGCCUGCAUCGUGGGGAGAGGGUCAAAGUGCUGAGUAUAGGAGAAGGAGGGUUCUGGGAGGGUUCUGUUAAAGGACGGACCGGAUGGUUUCCUGCUGACUGUGUUGAAGAGGUCCAGAUGAGACAGUACGACCCACGCCUAGAAACACGAGAGGAUCGAACCAAGAGGCUUUUCAGACAUUACACCGUGGGUUCCUAUGACAACUACACUUCCUACAGUGAUUAUGUCAUCGAGGAGAAGAGUUCUGUGCUACAGAAGAGAGACAGUGAAGGAUUUGGCUUCGUCCUCCGUGGAGCUAAAGCGGAGACCCCAAUAGAGGAGUUUGCUCCUACCCCAGCGUUCCCGGCACUGCAGUACCUGGAGUCUGUUGACUUGGAGGGCGUAGCCUGGAGGGCGGGGCUUCGCACUGGGGACUUCCUCAUUGAGGUAAAUGGUAGUGAUGUGGUGAAGGUGGGUCAUAGACAGGUGGUGUCGCUGAUCCGUCAGGGAGGAAGUCAGCUGCUGAUGAAGGUUGUUUCAGUCACACGCAAACCUGAGUCCGACUUAGUCCGUAAGAAAGCACCUCCUCCGCCUAAGAGAGCGCCCAGCACGUCGCUCACACUGCGCUCCAAAUCUAUGACUGCUGAACUGGAAGAGAUAGAAAAGCUGGACGAGAUGUUGACUGGGUCCCAGGAGGCUGUGAUGAGAAAAUGCCCCUUGGAGGCGGACUACAGAGCGGCCACCGUGAAGCAGCGGCCAACCAGCAGACGAAUUACUCAACAAGAGAUCAACUCUUUGUUUGAGCGGCAGGGCCUGCCUGUUCCUCCAGGGGUUUCCUUGGGUCUGGAGAAAGCCACCAUGCAGCUGCCUCGUGGAAUGUCUCGGACCAAGUCCUUCGGUGCACCAGAGGAUGACAGGAUCUCUGCACUGAUUGGAGAGCAUCGGUUUCCAAGGAGCUCUUCGAUGACUGAUGGCUUCAUACCUCCUCCUCCCCAGACUGCCCCCCCUCCUCCCCCCUCUCACUACUUCCUGGACUCUGGCCCGCCACCGGCCUUCUGCCCUCCACCUCCCCCGCAGCGAGCAGCCGAUCAAUCACACUCCAGCUUCAAGCCGGGGGCGGAACCUAGGCUGCACGAGGUCUGUGAUUCGCCAACGUCUCGGAGCCAUGCAGAGCGGCAGAGGAAAGCUCGCUCCAUGAUCAUCCUGCAGGACUCACCUGUACCAGGCUAUCUACCUGCAGAGUCUGCCCCCCUAGGCCGACCUUCUGGGGCUACAGCAGGCCCUAACCCUCCAGGGGAGCGCAGCAGCAAUAGGAGGCGUGGCCGACCAGUAGAGAACCCGUAUGCCAACGUGGGUCAGCUGCCUGCCCCCCCCAGCAAGCCUCAGCGCCGCAAGUCUCCUCUCCUCAAACAGCUGCAGGUGGAGGAGGGGCCCAGCAGGGCAGAGCAAUACCAGCAGCAGGUGCUCACUGAGCGUGCUCAGAUACGGGUCACACCCCCUCAGGGCCGUAGGUCCUCCUUCUUCCUGUCUGUGGAGGGAGGGGGUUCAGAGCCCCCUCCCAUCCUACUGACCCAGUCCCACUCUGUAGAUGACCGGGAGCUGCCCCCCCCAUCCCCGUCCUAUCCCCCUCCUCCUCCCCCCUCCACCUUUCUCCACCCACUGACAGGCAAGCCUCUGGACCCCUCCUCCCCCCUCGCCCUGGCCCUUGCUGCCCGCGAACGAGCUCUCACUGCACGCACACCCAGCCCUGAACCCAGAACCAAACACGCACACUCACCUAGCCCCGAGCCCAGGCCGAAACACGCACACUCACCCAGCCUCGAGCCAAGGCCCAAACGAACCCCUCCUCCCCUGACCAGCCCUGAGCUCCAUCAUAAACGAAUCAACCCACCCAUUUUCCUUGAAGGACAGCUGGAGCGGCCAGUCGUAGAGCGGCCAGAGACAGAAGGCGGAGUCACAUCUCCUGCUGUGCCCUCCCCCGAGCGUUGGCAGGCUAUGCCCCUCCCUCCCAUCAGUCAGGUGACCAUCAAUAUAACCAAUGAAAGCCAGCCGGCAGGACGGGGUCUGGGAGAAGAGCUGAUUGAGGCGCUGCAUGGACAAUUACAGAGGAGGAGAAGUCUGACCGUUGGCAGCUCAGAGGAGGAGGGCGGGCCUUAUACGGUAACCCAGGGCCAAUCAGAGAGGAGGAAGAGUCUGGAGGGCGGGCCUUACACGGUGACCCUGCCCCCUGCACUGCUGUCAUCCAGUGAUGAGGAGACGAGGGAGGAGCUUCGUAAGAUUGGUCUGGUGUCUCCUCCCCUGGUGUUUGCCACGCCCCCCUCCCCCACCCAGCCCCCCUCCUCCCUCAGCCUGUCACCACGGAGACCCCAGGCAGGUGAGGGCAGGGGAGGAGGGGAGUCAGCUCCAGACUCAGGGGUGGAGGAGGGAGACCCUCACAUAGAGAACAUCUUAUCCCCCAGCAGCACCCCGGCCCCCAGCCUGCCCUCCCCAGAACCCCCACAGCCUUUCACUGACACCCCGAAAACCCUGCCCUCCACCACCUCAGACUCCCAGAGCCUGAAGCCCAGGCUGCGUUCUCCCCUGGGCCGUGGUCGCUCUGCUCUCAGGGAUCCUCUACUGAAACAGUCUUCAGACAGCGAUCUGCUUCCAUCUGGCUGUGGACCUGGACGCCCACCACCCUACCUCUUCCAGAGGAGAUCUAAACUUUGGGGGGAGGUGUCCGAGUCUCGACCCAGGCAGAGUAGCCCUGAGGAGGGCAGGCCAACUGCCGUGGGGGGUGGUGGGCUGGAGCUGGCCUCACGUCUCCAGUUACUCAGUAAAGACUCCCACUCACUCGGAGAGGAGCCUGCAGGACUGCUGGACCCUGGACACAGGUCUCCUGUGGGCGGAGCAAGAUGUCGCCAAGACAAUGGAGAGAGUAAAGCGUUGUUUAGUAGUCUUGGGGAUGUCCACACCAUCUCCCAGAGAGGUUUUGGUGGCACCACCUACACAGUCCGCCCGGGGAGCCGCUACCCAAUCACACCUCGCCGCAGUCCCAGCCCCUCCCCCUCACCUGCCCCUGUCCUCUCACCAGACAGGUCAGAGGUCAGUCCUGGGCGGGGCUUUGGCCUUAGCUCCUCCCAUCACCACCACACCAUCCUCAAGUCGUCUAGCCUCAGCUUGCCUUCGGAGCCCAAGGAGGUCCGCUUCGUAAUGCGGAGUGCCAGCGCUCGAACCCGUUCCCGCUCGCCCUCCCCCUCCCCCCACGCCUCCCCCUGCCCCUCCCCCGUACUGGGCUCCCCCUUGCUCGCCCUGCGGCCGUGGCGCCAACGCCCUCUAGCUCUGUGGAGUAAGUAUGAUGUGGGAGACUGGCUGGAGAGUGUUGGUUUGGCAGAGCAUCGUGCCCGCUUCCAGGAGCAUGAGAUUGAGGGUUCCCACCUCCCUGCCCUCACCAAGGAUGACUUCGCUGAACUAGGCGUGACACGAGUCGGGCACCGCAUGAACAUUGAGAGAGCACUCCGACAACUGCUGGACAACUGAACCUCUAACCAUUGAUAUCACUGAAGGGCUGUCACACCUGAACCCUAACCCUCUGGAGGUAUUCUGGCAGCACCAGUGGCUGUAACCUGGCAACACCAGUGGCUGUAACCUGGCAACACCAGUGGCAGUAUGCUUUCAGACAUCUAUUUUCCAAAGACAGCAUCACAUGGAGUUGAGCAUUUAGUAUUAACUUUUUAUGAAUAUACAAGAAAAUACCUCCUCCAUCGAAAUAUCUACAAUGUCGACAUAUUUUCCAAUAAUGAAAUUGAUGAUAAAUGUUUAAUAGGAAUAGAUAUAUUUAAAUAAAAUGUUGUGUUUCAUAACAACUUUAUUCUGUUUAGGGAAGGAUGAGAAGUGGUGGAUGAGACUUCAUCGUUAACCUGUUAGUCUACUACAUUACCGUGUUCGUCUACUACAUUACUGUGUUAGUCUACCACAUUACCGUGUUAGUCUACUACAUUACCCUGUUAGUCUACUACAUUACCGUGUUAGUCUACCACAUUACCGUGUUAGUCUACUACAUUACCGUGUCAGUCUACUACAUUACCGUGUUAUUCUACCACAUUACCGUGUUAGUCUACUACAUUACCGUGUCAGUCUACUACAUUACCCUGUUAGUCUACCACAUUACCGUGUUAGUCUACUACAUUACCGUGUUAUUCUACCACAUUACCGCGUUAGUCUACUACAUUACCAUGUCAGUCUGCUACAUUACCAUGUCAGUCUACUACAUUACCGUGUCAGUCUACUACAUUACCAUGUUAGUCUACUACAUUACUGUGUCAGUCUACUACAUUACCAUGUGCGUCUAUUGCAUUACCCUGUUAGUCUACCUUGUCAGUAUAAUACAUUACCGUGUCAGUCUAUUACAUUACCGUGUCCGUCUACUACAUUGCCGUGUUAGUCUACUACAUUACCAUGUCCAUCUAUUGCAUUACCCUGUUAGUCUACCUUGUCAGUAUAAUACAUUACCCUGUUAGUCUACUACAUUUCCAUGUUAGUCUACUACAUUACUAUGUUAGCCUACCUAUCUACCCUGUUAUUCUACUACCUUACUAUGUUAGUCUACCCUGUUAGUCUACUAUAUUACCAUGUUAGUCCACUACACUACUCUGCUCGUCUUCUACAUUACCAUGCUGUCUACCCUGUUAGUGUACUACAUUGCCAUGUAAGUCUAACAUGUUAGUCUACUACGUUAGUCUCCUGCAUUACCCUGUUAGUCUCCUACAUUACCCUGUUAGUCUUCUACAUUACCCUAUUGUCUGUAAGUCUACUACAUUACCAUGUUAUCUACCCUGUUGGCCUUCUACAUUACCCUGUUAGUCUACUACAUUACCCUGUUAGUCUAUUACAUUACCCUGUUAGUCUACCCUAUUAGUCUACUACACUACCCUGUUAGGCUACCCUGUUAGUUUAAUACAGUAUCAUGUUAGUCUACUACAUUACCCUGUUGUCUAACCUGUUAGUCUACUACAUUGCCAUGUUAUCUAUCCUGUUAGUCUUCUACAUUACCCCAUUAGUCUACUACACUACCCCGUUAGUCUAAUACAUUACCCUGUUGUCUAACCUGUUUGUUUACUACAUUAUCAUGUUAGUCUACUGCAUUAUCGUGUUAGUAUACUACAUUACCCUGUUUGUCUACCAGAUUACCUUGUUAGUCUGCUACAUUACUAUGUGUCUAAAUCUUAAGCCUAAAUUAGUUUAUUCUGUCAGGAAGACCUCGAAUGAACCUCACUAGUAUACAUGUUUUAUAUGAAUUUUAAGCAAUGUUGACAGGAAAGUUUCCAGUAUAUGUUUUCUAAUAUCCCUAGCUACUGGUUUGUAUGGAUUUUAUACCUAUCUGUGAUGCUCUAAGGCAGAGUAAAAGGUUCAGAACAGUAUUUUUACACAGAAGACGGUGCUAUUUCACUAAAGCCAUCUGUACAGAGCAACCCUACGCCUACGCCUAAACCUAACCCUAAACCUAGCACUUAACCUAAGCUUAAACCUAGCACUAAAACUAAACCUACACGUAAACCUAGCUAACACUAAUGCCUUGGGAUAUUACCAUGGUCCAAUAGCGCACGCAGGCACGCGCACACACACACACACGUGUACCACAGAUACAGGAAAUUCCAUAGUCACAUGACAGGGUACAGGAAGUUCCAGUUAGUCCAGUAGGGAAAGGCACCAGCAUGGUUCAUCUGCAGUGUUUUAACAUGCAUUGACAUAUAAAACAUUGAACCUCAUAAUCAAA